CGAGUGCGAGUCUGCGGCCCUUGCUUCGUUUCCGAAUUCCGAGAGUAGCCAUCUUGAGCAAUUGUGCCAUUGUGGGACUGUGUGUUUGAUAACGGCUGAAGUUGUUGGAAAAACGUCAGUGUAGCUUUACAGAAUCAGAUAUGGCAUUAAAACGAAUUAAUAAGGAACUGCAAGACCUAGGCAGAGACCCCCCUGCUCAGUGCUCCGCCGGACCAGUCGGAGAUGAUCUAUUUCACUGGCAGGCAACCAUAAUGGGGCCACCCGACAGUCCAUUCCAAGGUGGCGUCUUUUUUCUAACUAUCCAUUUUCCCACAGACUAUCCUUUCAAACCACCAAAGGUUUCAUUUACCACAAGAAUUUAUCAUCCUAACAUAAAUAGUAAUGGUAGCAUUUGUUUGGAUAUUCUUCGAUCGCAGUGGUCUCCUGCACUCACAAUUUCUAAAGUUCUGUUAUCAAUCUGCUCACUUUUGUGCGAUCCGAAUCCAGACGAUCCACUAGUGCCCGAAAUAGCUAAAAUAUACAAAAGUGAUAGGGAAAAGUACAAUGAGAUGGCAAGGGAGUGGACUCGCAAGUAUGCCAUGUGAUGAAUCAACAAUCGACUCUCGGUAUUCCGUCGCUCCAUCAGACAUCUGUCAGUGGUUUUUUCUUUCUUUUUUUUCCAUUUUUUUGUAACUCCCCCUUCCCCCAAUGCUCCGUUCUCUCCUCAGCCACCUUGCGUGUCUGCUUCACAAUUGCGCAAUUUUUUCUCACCUCAUUUCUACAUUGCUUGGAGACAAAUCAGGAGAAUUUUAUAAAAGGUAGUCUAAAUUGAACAAAUUAAAAUUUAAAAAGAAAGUCAAAAAAGCGUUUCUAUGUGUUAAUAACUGCACAUUAGUAAAUUUGGACAGGAUUGAAAAAAAUAUUUAAUUCUUCAAGUUCUAUUUUCUUAUGUUUUUUUAUCAUCAAUUCUCUGAUUUUCAAAAGAACAUAAUUUUGCCAGUGAAAAGGCUGUGUAAAGUUUCGGAAACUCGUGUUCAAAAAGAAUAGCCUCACGAGGUUAUUGACUCACGAAAAAUCUGAGUAUGUCGAGCAAAACUCUCCUGACUAUUGAAAACUUUGCGUGAUUUCCUUUGUUCAGUUUUUUAAAAGCUAAUUUUUUUAGUAAUCUUUUUCUGGAUCGUUCCCUGAUCAAAAUACAUGUAUCACUUGUAUAUGUCUCAAAAAAAUUUCUAUUUGUAUAUAUGCUUGUGUACUAUGCAUAUCACAAGCACUUGUUCAUAACGUACGGAAACCUUGCUAUUAGUGUUUUUCUGCGUUUUUUUUACUCAGGUGUUUGAGGUAUCCAUGGUAGUGUAACAGUGCGUUACAUCAGACAAGAAAACAAUAAAAUCUCAUGAAGUAGAUGGCUAAGUUGGAUCGGAUCCUCAGAAAUUAAGUUUCGCACUCCCCUAGAAAAUCCAUUUUAAAAUAAGAAGGCAUUCAUCAUUAAGAAUGUAUUUUAAAUUUGUCUCUCUUAAAUUGCCUCCCAAAAUUCUGAAAUUUUGAUCCUGGCAGAGGAAAAGUUGGAUAUAAAUGUAAUUAUUCAACACAGGAACAUCAUGGUAAAGCGGUUUCUGAGUUUUUAUCAUUGGGCAAUGAAGAAUAUUUUACUCGUCAAUAAUACUUGUUGAUUUCGUUUUAUGAUCCUUUCUUCUGCACUGACAAUUUUUUUUUCAUGCUUGCUGUUGACAGUUGCGGUGAUCAUUUCACUUAAUUGAUUGUAAAUCCCACCAGAAUGAUACGCAAAAUAUUCAGACUCAGUGAGAAGUAGGGGAAACAGCUGAGAAAUAACCGUAGUUUUUUCGACCUUUUGAGAGAUGCUUUCUUGCUACAGAGUGUAUUUUGAAGUAUGAGUAGUUGUUCUGGUUGCCCAUCUUUUCAUGAUCUGAUCAUGUGAGUACAUUCACAUUUUCCUCCGUACCUUCUCUCUAAGGCAUUGAAAUACUCGCAUUUCAGUUGAUGAAUCCACUCUGUAGUGUAGUCCAACAACAGAAUGUUUGUAGAAGUUAGUCCGCUCCAGCAGGCACUGUGGUGAUAUGCAUAAAUAAGUCCUAACUUGUUCCUUUUUUUUUCAUUGCCUUUUGUAAAGAUUUUCGACUCAUUUCACACUUCUCGGUGAGUCGGUCUUCGCUAGCAGGAUUAUAGUUUUUAUGUAUUAAGAACGAGCUGAUAUACUUACUCCGAGAAUUUUCUCUAACUCCCGUGUGCUGAUUUAAGUCGAUUGUACUGUUUCUUUUUUAGCGUACAUUAAUUCCUUUUUCAUGAGUUUCUCUUGUAAUAAAUUUUUUAUUUAUGUUUAUGAUUUUAGUUCUGCAGAUUUGUUAACUGUAAUAAAAAAUGAAAAAAAAAAAAACAAAAAAAAAGAUUUUUCUUCACAAAACUGUUUGUCUCGACUAGCAAAUGAGACAGUUUCUGUUUUGUAUUUUGUCGAAUUAUUUGAUAAGUGCUACAUCUCGGCUAAACCAGCCGUUGGAACUCUGAAAUUUUUGUACCAAUAAAGAAAAAUCAAGGAACAAA